AUUGUAGUUUUGCUAUUUCUAUUCAGUUUCCUGGUUACAUGACGCUAUUACGCGAUAUUCGCGAUCGCUAUUUGUUUGUUGUUAACAAUGGAAAUAAACGAGCUUAAAAACGAGAAAGAAAUUAGUGAAGUUUCUACUUCUUUGCUAAAUGUGGAAGCAACACUUCAGCAGCUUCAAGAUUUAGCGCUACAGACACUUGAUGGCGAUGGUGAGUUUAGUCGAGAAAAACUCGAAGAAUUCCAGGAUUUGGUUCGAAGUAUCAUCGACUUGGAGGAUGAACGCCGACGACUCCAUGAUAUUCUUGAAGUUGAAACGAUAUGUGCGAGUAAACAACGUAACGCUCUACAAGUGUUGCCUGGGAGGUAUAAGAAGGAAAUGGAAGACAUGGUACUUGCCGCCAGGCAAGCCAAUGAGAAGGAAAUGAAGUCGUUACACUCACGACUCAGCAAAUCUCAAACACAGUCGGAAGAAAUGCUGACUAAGCAAGCGCAGUUGACGGCUGAAAACACAAAGUUACGACCAGAUUGUGAUGUCAUAAGGAGGGAACAUGAUGAAAUAAUUGCUCAACUUAAUCAAAGAAUGUCGGAUAAAGCGAACAAACAAAUCGUGUUGAAUGAGAGUCGUGACGCCCUUCGCGACACCCAGCUCCAAACCUCGGACAUCGAUGUUGGGAUAACGAACCUGGAGGAGGAUCUUCGAUGCGAGAUGUUGGAGGCGGACGGGGUCAAACAAUCGCUAUUGUUGCAAGUGGUGGAUACCAAUGAGAGGAAUACNGUCGACAGAAAGAAAAAAAUUCUGGAAGAAAAAAAAGCAAUAGACAAGAUCCUGGAUAAGAUUCUUGGAAUGAACACAAAGCUGGAUGAGGAGCAGAAAGUGAUCCGGAGGUUGGAGAAUUCCCAUGGGAGGUUGGAGAUACAAGCGAUGCAACUUCAAGAUAAGAUUGAGAGGGAACGGAAGACUAAUCAUGAGAUGGCUAACGAAAGAGAAAUAUUGCAAGCAGCAAAAGACAAACAACAACUUCAAUAUGACGAAAAAAUUGGGGAAAUAGAACGAAAACUCAAAGUUGUGGGGGACCAAUUAUCAGAGGCCGAAGUAGAAAGAGAGAAAAUCUUGGAUGUUAAAGAUGAAGUUUCAAACAAGAAGGAUUAUUCAAUCAGGAUGAAAAGCAAAUUCACAUUUAAAGUGAAAGAGGCCGCGCUCAAUGUUGACCAAAUGAAAAGUGACAUAAACAAACUUGUUGAGAAGUCAGGUGAAAUAUCUAGGAAUAACAACACUGUUCGUGAGAAGUUGACAUUGCUUGAUGAGAAUCAUAAAGCCACAGUCGAUACAUACAACACACAAAUCGAAGAAUAUAAAGACAAUCUCAACCAAGAACGACAGGAAAAGGCCAAGGUGCAGGAGUUACGCGACGAAUCCGAGAAGGUGUUGGAAAGUUUUCGAUCGGAACAACUGAAGUUUAUGAACGAGAUGACAAAGAAUAUUGAAGAAGCUCGACAGCGCCACCAGGAACUCACAGAUAAGAGCAUGCAUCUAAAUCGGGAAACGGAGAAAAACCUUCGUAACAUCCAAACACUAGAGGUCAGACUUGAGGUUGCCGAGGGAAGUUUACGAACCAUGAGGUCGGCACUUUUGAUGGAAAUCGAGCGACUCAGCAAUUCUAUCGAGAUCCUUGGGGACGACAAUGAGAGGAAAGUUGAAUAUUUGAAUGUGAAACUCCCUGAGAUUGAGUUAAUGAAACAAGAAGUAGAAACACGGAGUCGUGAAUAUUCGAUCCUUAAAGAUGAAGUUGUUGUUGUGAGGAAUAGAGAACGAAGCGUGAGGGAACAAAUCAACAGAGUGAAUCUGCAAAUCGAUAAACUCGUUAAACCUAUGGACAAGUUACGUGGGGACCUUCAUGCAUCAAGAACACGAGGAAUGGAACAACUGGAGGCAUCGGCGGCCAUGAGGAGGAAGUUGGAGGGAGAGGUUUAUCAAACCACUAUCAUGUUGGAGAGAGUGGUUAAUAGUAAUGAUGGGUUUACUAAGGCGAAUGAUGAUUUACAAGCGGAGAUAGAUGAAUUGAAACAGGAUAUGACAUCACACGCCACGCACCAGCAAACACUGUGUAAUAAACUCGACCAAUUACAAACCAAGUUCGGUGAAGCGUGGGAUGUUUGCAUCGGGAUGGAGGAAGCUUCUGCCGAACAGGACCAGGAAAUAUUGGAAGGCAUCUCGAAGGUUCAGCGCGAUACGAAGGAAAGAUCGGAAACUUUGAACGGAAUCUCACAACAUUUGAAACGGGAGCUUCAUACGUUGACCGGGUUUGUUGAGAAUGUGGCCGAUCGUCGCCCUAAAGAUACUCGACAAUCAAAGCGUCGGUCACUAGGGGGAAGAAGGAGCACGAUAACCGACCACAAGAGGUCGCCAGCGAUAAUUAGCAAGCAGCGAAGUUUCAUCCGACCGGUUGUCACUCCUGUGGGUACCAUCUAACGUGCUUAGUGUUUUAUGUUAUUUUUAUUAAAUUUCGUCACAAACA